GAACUCAAACCACUAUGUCCGGUCUUUAGCGAAUCCAAAAAUGUUUAAUUUUCCAAUUUUUUCUUUUUUAUAUAUAUUUUUCAUUUAAUGGAACGGCCAGCUUUUUGCUCCCCAGGCUUCUGUUAUGAUCAUAUAUUAUUUAAGUGAUAAUACGUGCAUAAUAAGAGCAUGGUUUUCUCUUUCCCUCAUCAUUGUUAAUUUAAUUACCCACUCAAUCACCGGACGGCGAUCGGUUCCCGUGGUUCUGUUGGGUAAUUCAUUACAACAUUAAGUUGUAGCGGGUUCUGAUUACGGCAUAUGGCGAGAAAAGCUUUUGGCGCUUUAAAAGAUUCCACAAUGGUCGGGAUGGCCAAGGUUAACAGCGAGUACAAGAAACUAGAUGUUGCUAUACUCAAGGCCACAAACCAUGUCGAAGUACUGCCAAAGGAGAAGCAUGUACGAACUCUUUUCAAUGCAGUUUCAGGCAACAGACCUCGGGCAGAUGUUUGCUAUUGCUUACAUACUCUCUCCAAGAGGCUCGCCAAAACGCGUACUUGGCAAGUUGCCCUAAAAACUUUAAUUGUUAUCCAUCGUGCUAUGAGGGAAGUUGAUGUUUCAUUUCUUCAAGAGCUUGUUAAUUAUAGUGCUCAUAGAGGCCAUUUGUUAAACCUAACACAUUUCAAGGAUGAUACGAGCACCAAUGCAUGGGACUAUUCUACAUGGAUUCGUUCUUAUGCUUUAUAUCUGGAAGAAUACCUUGAAUGCUACUGCUUAGUGAAAUAUGAUUUUCAGAGAGAACGAAAGAGAAUGAAGGAGCUAACUACCCCAACCUUGAUAGAGACAAUACCUUGUUUACAACAACUGCUCUCUCGCCUUCUCGCUUGCCAGCCAGUGGGAGCAGCUCAAUAUAAUUUCUUGAUUCAGCAUGCCCUUUCAAUUGUAGCAGCAGAAAGUGCGAGUCUCUAUGUAGCGAUUGCUGAUGGGAUGCUUAACUUAGUGGACAAGUUUUUUGAGAUGCAACGUCAUGAUGCGGUCAGAGCACUUGAAAUCUAUCGAAGGGCAGGAGAUCAAGCGGCAAAGCUAUCUGAGUUCUUUGAGAUAUGUAGGAACCUUGAUUUUGGACGAGGUCAGAAGUACGUUAAAAUAGAAAAGCCGCCUGAGUCGUUCAUAUUAGCAAUGGAAGAGUACUUGACGGAUGCUCCAAAACCUCUAAUGCUUACAUGGAAGCCGGAUGAUGAUGACAGAAAUACCAAGGUCAUUGCUGUUCCUGGAUCCAAACAAGAGACUGAUGAAGGGCAAGAAACCGAAGUACAAACGAAAGAAGAGAGUAACACGGAAACUCCAGCCCCGCCCCUCAUUCCUGACCUUUUAUCUUUUGAUGAGCCAAGUGAAGAUCAAUCGGCUGCACUUGAAGAUAACAACGCCCUAGCUUUAGUUAUUAGUACACCUGAUGAAGUGUCAAAUUCUUUGAGCAGUUCAGACCAAAGUAGUCAACCUACAGGUUGGGAAUUGGACCUCGUUGCAGCAUCAAGUUCUAACCAGGGGGCGUCCAUGGAUAAUAAACUGAUACAGGGAGGUGUACUCGAUAGAUCAAAGUUGGAUAAUCUAUACGAAACAGCAAUGGCAAGACAGAAUAUUGUAAAUGACCCUUACAAUAGGGAAGUUUCGUCGUCUAAUCCCUUUGAGGUAGCUGAUAAUUCCCAGGAUGCAUUUUAUAAUCCAACCAACUCUGGAGCAAAUGGUGCACAGAUGGCUGCUAUGGCUCACUACCAUGACUAUGGUGUUUUUAUGCAACAACAGAUUAAUGCCAAUAUGUCUCAAUCACAAGAACAAUUCAUCGGACAACGCCAAGCCUUGAUGAUGCAGCAGCAAAUGGCUAUUGUGUCUCUGCAACAGCAAAAUGCUGGAACUAUUCAAGAAGAGAAACCGCAAAUAAUUCAAGAAAAUAUAACUGAUGUGCCUCAACAACAACUAGAAGGACCACCAGCAUUGGCCAAUAAUGACUCCAAUCCAUUUGGGAAUCCUUUCACUGACCAAGAUCUUACAACUCAUCAUAGUCCAUCUCAGAAUCUGUCUAAUGUAUCUCAAAAUCAAAGCUCACCAGCUAGUUUAAUCUAAUUUCAUUUGUAACUGCAUGCAAUUCACGGUACCUAGUAGCAGAUGCGGAUCCGGGAUUUAAAGUUGG